GAAAACUCAUGAAUUUACACCCGUGGAUGAAACAGCGCACCGUACGGUAGAGGGGGCCAUAACACAGAACGCUUAGUCUGACUCUGACUCGCAUGGUUGUGUCUACCCCGUUACAGCCUGGUAUGAGUGAAAGCCAGCCCGCUUUCUGCAGCUCCCCUCUGCUAACACGGACCAAAGUUAUCCCGGAAUAAGGACAGCACGCAUGUGCCGUCAACCCGGAUGUAGAUGCUUUUGUAUGUGUCUACUCACCAUCUCGCCAAGUUGUGACACAUUUGCUGUUAAAGAAUGAUUUGUGUGUCUUAGCGCCCGGCUGGACAACGCUGUGCCAUUCCAAAUCGGUCCGAACCGGGUUAACCAGCCGUGACAUGUGUCGAUCGACGCGGAUCGCGCAUCUGUGUGACAGCUCCACAACAAUCUGUCUGCGAAGAGCUGCACUGUUGAUUCACGGUGUCGUUGCAGAACCCGUCCUGUAAGUUCGAGGAUGGACUUUCGCGGCAGGAGGCACGAGCGAGGCAGCAACUGGACCGACCCGGAGAUAGUGGAGCUGCUGCAGCUGUGGUCGGACGAGUCGGUCCAGAUCGAACUGGAGAGCUCGCUGCGCAACCAGCGCGUAUUCGACCGCAUAGCCCACAUCCUGCGGGAGAAGGGCAUCUACCGCACCGGCGACCAGUGCAGGGAGAAGAUCAAGAAGAUGAAGCUGGAGUACCGCCGCAUCAAGGACAACUACAAGAUGAGGUCCUGGAAGUUCUACGAUGUGAUGGACAGGGUGCUGGCGAACCGACCGGCUAUCACCUACUCCUCCCUGGGCGGAGCUGUCAUAGCUCAACAGGUGUUCCAGAGCCCAGGUGGGUCCGAGCCGUACGUGCAGGGGGCCCCAGCAGGCUCGUUUGGUCCUCUGUCUGCAGGAGGGUUUCUGUUUGGUCAGCCCCCUAAAGCCGGAGAGCAACUGGAUAUUAAAUGUGAAGAUGUCGAUGAGAGCAUGCUGAACUCAGGUGUUGCGCCCCCCGAGAUGUACUAUGGGUCUGGAGACGACCAGGAGACUGAUGGACAGUCUCUGCUGGGGCCAGAGGACCAACUGGGUAGAGGAGAGAGCUCAACGAAUGCACGAAUCUCGCCUUCAGGUUUUAGUGACCUGAACAUUGCCAGCUCUGCCACAGGUGCCGCCCAGGCUGUUGGUGGUCCCAUGCCACACGAUACACCUGAGCAACCCAGGAAGGAUGGUUUUCAUCCCCCAACCUUUGAGAGACAGAAGAAGCGUCGCCGGGGUGGCAAAGCAUCAUCUGGCUACGGGGGUGGCAGUCAGGGGCGCCUGGACAAAGCCCUGGCCAGCUUCCUGAACUGGCAGCAGUCAGCCGAGGAGCGCCUGCUCUCUCUGGAGGAGGCGCGGAUGGAGAGAGAGUUUCAGGCUGAGGAGCGCAGGGAACAGCGGGAGGAGAGGAGGGCAGAGCAGGAGCGCCAGCAUGAGCUCCGCCUGUUCCGCAUGCUCACGGGAGCGUUGGUUGCGGUCAGACAGCGUGCCCCGACUGCUGAGACACAGCCGACUGACCCUUCCUUCUCACCGCCAGCUCAUCUGUCAGCUUCACUGAUGACCACAGCCGCAGCCUCCCUCUCCUCAUCUUUAUCUCAGCCCCCCUCAGAAGCUCCCUCAGCACAGGCCGUCUCCACUCAGGAGACAAUAAAGUCAACUCUGCCCACAUCUGCCAAGCCCUGUGAAAGGUCUCUGGAUGUUUUGGCAACAGCGAGAUGUGUAGAAACUCCUGGCCCGAGCGUGUACCUGUCCAACCGUGGUAACAGCAUCCGACAGCAGCAAGGCAUCCUCCAGGAGGGCUUUGCCCAAUAUGGAGCGGACAAAUACCACGACACAGAUAACCCUGGUGGUAUAAUCAACAUGGGCACCAGUGAGAACAAACUAUGUUAUGAUCUUCUUCAUAAACGGCUGACCAAACCCGACAUGCUGCUUAUUGACCCGUCUUUGUUGCAGUAUUCAGACUGGAGGGGACACACGUUCCUGAGAGAGGAGGUUGCAAAGUUCCUGACGAGCUACUGCCGUUCUCCAAACCCACUGAAAGCCGACAAUGUUGUGGUGAUGAACGGCUGCGGUUCCCUCUUCUCGUGUAUCGCAGCAGUCAUUUGUGACCCCAAAGAUGCCAUUCUCAUUCCUACGCCUUUCUACGGUGUGAUCACUGAGGAUCUAGAUCUGUACGGCGAGGUCAAACUCUUUCAUGUUCCUCUUGACUGUGAGGCCGACAGCAAGGACAGCCGACCCUUCCACCUCACUGUGGAGAAACUAGAAGAAGGUCUGAAAAGAGCCAAGCAAGAGGGGUUGAUCAUCCGAGCUGUUAUACUGGUGAACCCCCAUAACCCUCUGGCUGAGAUCUACACCCCGAAGGAGAUGAUGGCAUUCUUGGAGUUUGCCAAAAGAAAUGAGCUCCAUGCCAUUGUGGAUGAAGUGUACAUGCUGACGGUGUUUGAUGAAUCAGUCACCUUUCACAGUGUCCUCAGUGUAGACAGUUUGCCCGACCCACAGAGGACGCAUGUGAUGUGGGGGAUGAGCAAGGACUUUGCCAUGGCAGGAAUCAGAAUAGGCACCCUGUACACUGAGAACAGAGACCUUGUGGAGGCUUUGGCCAAGCUGGGUCCCUUCCACGGUAUCUCUGGAACCACCCAGCACCAGGUAGCACGACUCCUUCAGGACAGAGAUUGGAUCAGCAAGGAUUUUUUGCCUGAGAACAGAUGCAGACUGAAAGCUGCUCACAGUUACCUGACAGGAGAGCUGCAGGGUAUGGGCAUCCCCUACCUGGACAGGCCUGCUGCACUUUAUGUUUGGGCUGACCUCCGAAAGUACCUCAGAGAGUCUUCGUUUGAGGAGGAGCUGUCUAUGUGGCGAUGUUUCCUCAGACACAAGGUGGUUUUGAGCUGCGGUCAAGCCUUCUCCUGCUCCACACCCGGCUGGUUCCGCAUGGUCUUCGCAGUCCAACAACCCCACCUUCAACUAGGCCUGAAGCGAAUUAGGGAGGCUUUGAAAGAAAUUGAAGGAAAAAGCACCAGCGCUGAUUCUAUCAAAGAGGCCAGUAAGGAGAGCAAAAAAUCAGUGAAAGAGGACAGUGCAGAUCCAGACAACGCUGCGAUUGUCAAUUCAACAUCGUCACCCCAGAGCAAGUCAUCCGACCAGCUGAAGGAGAAUGAUAGCCCUGUUCCUGACACAGGCUCGCUGGCCACCGAGGAGUUUGUGUUGCUGGACUGCCAAGCGUCGAAGCCUGCAGAGGGUCUGGGCUCUCUGAUUGGGACUCUCAGGCACCAGAUCCGCUCCUCUGAUUGGCUGGAGAAAAAUACUCCAGAGCUGUCUGCCGGAGAGGACCCAGAGAUUCUUGAUGUAUUCAAGGCACUGCUGCAGAGAGCCAGAAAGUAAGCUUAGGAUAAACAGGCGCGACCGGAGAUGCCAAAUUUCAAGAGGCAGCACUUCAAGCAUCCUCGCGUUUGUGGUGAAGAGCUUGUCACACAGAUACCUUACACAAGGUCAAGUCUGAUGCCUCUUUUCUGAGCGAAGAACAAAAGUGAGCUGAGUGUGUGCUAAAGAGGAGGAGAAGAAAAAGAAAAGCAAUGCAGGUGUGGCCAGGAUGGAGGAACCGGACAGUGAUACGCUCUCUGCGUCUUGAGGCCUUAUUUUAAAGCUGCUAAGUGAGACAGCCUUGCUUUUCUUGUGAUCCUGACUCUAAAGAUCAUCAACUCAAAUUCCAAGUGAAUGCCAAAUUGUAAAUCAACCAAAAUCAGCCAUGCUCUAUUCUUAAGCAGUACAGCAACUGUGCAUCUUUUAUCAUUUGUUCUUAUACACUUUAUUUCAUGAGAAUGUAUUGUACUUUUCUUUUAAAUUUCUUGAACUGUGAAUAAAUGAAUGAAUUAUUAUGUCUGUA